AUGCUCCCCAGACAGGUAUUUACCAGAGCUGUUGCUCGCGACUUGAAUCCGAGUUUAGUACUCAGGAGGCUCAAAUCAACUAGGGCUACACCACCACCACCACCUCCACCUCCUCGCCCCACGCUCAAGGGAAACACUUUGCUCAUUUUGGGAGCAUUGGUUGUCGGUACGACCAUUGCUGCUACAUUGUACAACAAAGAUGGCCCCAAAUCGGCAUUCGAGCCAAGUGGAGCAACCCCACAAGCAAAAUCACCCGAAUUCCCACCAGGAAAGAUCAACGUUGUGUUUGUUCUUGGUGGACCUGGCGCUGGAAAGGGAACCCAAUGUGACAUAUUGGUCAAGGAAAGAGGAUUCACUCAUUUGUCGGCUGGUGACUUGUUAAGAGCCGAACAGGUAAGGGAAGGGUCCAAGUAUGGGGAAUUGAUUGCCAAGUGCAUCAAAGAAGGAACCAUUGUGCCACAGGAGGUUACUAUUGAGUUGUUGAAUAACGCAAUCAAGGAGAAAUACCAACAGGGACAAACCAAAUUUUUGGUCGAUGGGUUCCCAAGAAAAAUGGACCAAGCUUUGACUUUUGAAGAGACAAUUGCCAAAUCAACUUUGACUAUUUUCUUUGAGUGUCCUGAACAAGUCAUGUUGCAAAGAUUAUUGGAGAGAGGAAAGACCAGCGGGAGGGCAGAUGACAACAUUGAGAGUAUAAGAAAGAGAUUCAGAACAUUUGUUGAUACAUCAAUGCCUGUGGUGGACUACUUUGAUGAGCAAGGCAAGGUGGUCAAAGUCAGAUGUGAUCAUCCAAUUCCAGUGGUUGCCAAACAAGUGUUAGAGGCGUUGAAGGAUAAGGGCAUUCAAUUUUAG